GCUAUCUUUGUUUUCUUAUGAACUGAGAACUCCCUCUGAUAUUUUUUCUCAUUUUCCCUUCCCGGCAAGCAAGCAUUAAUCAGUUCAAUCCUCCCAGAAUAUCCCCCAAGAGCUGCGGUUGCUCUGCAACUCAUUUUUCAGUUCUAGGGUUCUACAAACCUUAUCACUCAAUCAAUUUCAAUUAACAGCAGCGAAGAAAUGAUAAUGGAGAGAACUGCAAUCCUGCGUUCUCUCUCCUGUUCUUCUCUCGCUUCCAACAGAUUCCUCUUCCGUUCCUUUCACAGGCUAUCUCGCUCUUCUCUUCAGCCUUCUUCUUCAUCUUCUGCUCCGCGCUAUCUCCGAAGACCAAUCCCGGCGCUCACAAGACGCUCCACGCUCCGCCACAGCUCGAGAUUGCUUCCCUCCGCCUCUCCGUCAUCUUCUCUUAGCUUCAACCGAAAGUUCUCCUCUCUCUCUACUCGCGCUAUCGCCACUCAGCCUUCUCCAGAUGCUGUUGGUGUGCAUGAUGAGGCUGCAGAGAAGUAUGGAUUUGAAAAGGUAUCAGAGGAGUUCAUUGGAGAGUGUAAAUCGAAGGUUGUGCUUUUUAAGCACAGAAAAACCGGUUGUGAGGUGAUGUCUGUGUCAAAUGAUGAUGAGAACAAGGUUUUCGGCAUUGUUUUUCGUACACCUCCGAAGGAUUCAACAGGAAUUCCACACAUAUUGGAACACAGUGUAUUGUGUGGGUCAAGAAAGUAUCCGUUGAAAGAACCAUUUGUUGAACUAUUGAAAGGUAGCUUGCAUACUUUUCUGAAUGCAUUCACGUAUCCAGAUAGGACUUGCUAUCCAGUUGCAUCCACAAAUACAAAGGAUUUCUACAAUCUGGUUGACGUAUACCUGGAUGCUGUCUUCUUUCCCAAGUGUAUUGAGGACUUCCAAACUUUCCAACAGGAGGGUUGGCAUUAUGAGCUAAAUGAUCCUUCAGAAGACAUAUCUUAUAAAGGUGUUGUUUUCAAUGAGAUGAAAGGUGUUUAUUCGCAGCCUGAUAACAUAUUAGGACGGACUGCUCAACAGGCUAUGUUUCCAGACAAUACUUAUGGUGUUGAUAGUGGAGGUGAUCCAAAGGUUAUUCCCAAGUUAACCUUUGAGGAAUUUAAGGAGUUUCAUCGUAAAUAUUACCACCCCAGCAAUGCCCGAAUAUGGUUCUAUGGAGAUGAUGACACAAUUGAACGUCUCCGUAUUUUGAGUGAGUACCUAGAUAUGUUUGAUGCAAGCCCUGCUCCAAAUGAAUCGAAGAUUGAACCACAAAAGCUUUUCUCGGAGCCAGUGAGGAUAGUUGAGAGAUAUCCUGCUGGUGAAGGUGGUGAUCUUAAGAAGAAGCACAUGGUAUGCCUUAACUGGCUUUUAUCUGAUAAGCCGUUAGACUUGGAAACCGAACUCACGCUUGGGUUCUUGGACCAUCUUAUGUUGGGAACACCUGCUUCUCCCUUGAGGAAAAUCUUGCUAGAAAGUGGUCUUGGAGAAGCCAUUGUUGGUGGUGGAAUAGAAGAUGAGCUUUUGCAGCCUCAAUUUAGCAUUGGUUUGAAAGGUGUUUCUGAUGAUGACAUUCAAAAGGUUGAAGAAUUAAUCAUAUCUACACUGAAAAAAUUGGCAGAGGAAGGAUUUGAAAUGGAGGCUGUGGAGGCAUCCAUGAAUACAAUUGAGUUUUCUCUUAGGGAAAAUAACACUGGCUCUUUUCCUCGUGGCUUAUCUCUGAUGCUUAGAUCAGUUGGUAAAUGGAUAUAUGACAUGGAUCCUUUUGAGCCAUUGAAGUAUGAGAAACCCUUAAUGGCCCUUAAAGCUAGAAUUGCAGAGGAAGGCUCCAAAGCUGUUUUCUCUCCUUUGAUAGAGAAGUUCAUCGUGAAUAAUCCUCAUCGGGUUACCAUUGAAAUGCAGCCUGAUCCAGAGAAAGCUUCUCGAGAUGAAGUGGCUGAGAAAGAAAUUUUGGAUACACUUAAAGCAAGUAUGACAGAAGAAGAUCUAGCUGAACUAGCACGAGCUACUCAAGAAUUAAGAUUGAAACAGGAAACACCUGAUCCUCCAGAAGCUUUGAGAAGUGUUCCAAGCCUCUCGUUACAGGACAUCCCAAAAGAGCCUAUACAUGUUCCUAUAGAGGUUGGGGAUAUCAAUGGUGUGAAGGUUUUGCGACAUGAUCUUUUCACAAAUGAUGUUCUCUAUACUGAAAUUGUCUUUAACAUGAGUCCUCUGAAGCAAGAGCUUCUUCCUUUGGUGCCACUUUUCUGUCAGUCAUUGCUGGAGAUGGGUACAAAAGAUUUGACUUUUGUUCAGUUGAAUCAGUUAAUUGGACGGAAAACAGGAGGUAUCUCAGUUUAUCCAUUCACGUCAUCUAUCAGGGGCAGGGAUGAUCCAUGUAGCCAUCUAAUUGUCCGAGGCAAAUCCAUGGCUGGACGAGCUGAGGACCUCUUUAACCUGAUCAAUUGUGUCCUGCAAGAAGUUCAGUUUACCGACCAGCAGCGUUUUAAGCAGUUUGUUUCUCAAAGCAAAGCAAGAAUGGAGAACCGGUUACGAGGAAGUGGUCAUGGAAUUGCAGCAGCAAGGAUGGAUUCAAAACUAAACGUUGCAGGUUGGAUUUCUGAGCAAAUGGGUGGUCUCAGUUACCUGGAAUUCCUACUAGAACUUGAAGAGAAAGUUGAUCAAGAUUGGGCUGGAAUUUCAUCCUCUCUCGAGGAGAUCAGAAGAUCUUUACUUUCCAGAAAUGGGUGUUUAAUUAAUAUGACUGCCGAUGGAAGAAAUCUCACGAACACAGAAAAAUUUAUUAGCAAAUUUCUGGAUUUUCUUCCUAGCAACUCUUCUGUUGGAACCAGUAGUUGGACUGCUCAACUUCCUUUGAGUAAUGAAGCUAUUGUGAUACCUACGCAGGUAAAUUACGUUGGCAAAGCAGCAAACCUGUAUGACACAGGUUAUGAUCUUAAGGGGAGUGCUUAUGUUAUAUCAAAAUAUAUUAGUAAUACCUGGUUGUGGGAUCGUGUGCGGGUUAGUGGUGGAGCCUAUGGAGGUUUCUGCGACUUUGAUACACAUUCUGGAGUAUUCUCUUUCUUAUCCUAUCGAGAUCCCAACUUGCUGAAGACACUUGAUGUAUAUGAUGGAGCCGGGGAUUUCUUACGUGAACUUGAUAUGGAUGAUGAUACACUAACUAAAGCAAUUAUUGGGACCAUUGGAGAUGUGGAUUCAUACCAGCUGCCCGAUGCUAAAGGUUACAGUAGUUUGUUACGGUAUCUGUUGGGAAUAACAGAAGAAGAAAGGCAAAAGAGACGUGAAGAGAUCCUAUCAACAAGUUUGAAGGACUUCAAGGAAUUCGCCGAUGCAAUAGAUGCUGUUAAACAUAAAGGGGUUGUGGUUGCAGUCGCAUCUCCAGAUGAUGUUGAUGCGGCUAACAAGGAGCGGUCUAACUUCUUUGAGGUGAAGAAAGCUCUAUAACAGGUCAAUCUGCAUUUUGCUAGAACCAGAAGGGAUUUUUCUUACCUUCAAUAACGAAAUUAUAUUCUUCCAAUUUUUUCACAUAAGUUAAAAAUUUAAUGAUACUACAGAGUUAGAGGCUAAGCUAGCAUGUAACUUGGCCCCAUUGGUCACCCUGCUUCCAUCUUUUGAUGGUUGAGUUUUACUUUCUAGUUCCAAUUCCUGAACUUCAUAAAGGGUUCGUGUCAUAAUGAUGUUAGUAUUUCUUACAUGAAAAACUUGAGACA